AUGGCGGCCAUGAGGGAACAGCGUAAGCGUGUCAUGGCCUUUGUCUUUGAGAACGCAGCACUCGGCUUCGACAUCACUGGAUCCGCUCAUCUAGAGCUAACCGAGUUGGUCAAGAAGAUCUACAAGCCUCCUGACUCGCAUGGCAUCAAUCUGUUAGACGCAGGACUCUCUUUCGGCAUAGAGCGACCUCCGUACCUGGCGAUAUUGCAGAUAAACCCCUUCCUACUACCUGUAAGUGUCCGUACCAUGGGCACGCUUUCAUGGUCAACAAAUCAUCUCGAACAGGAAACGGUACGUGUCACGGUGGGUGACAUGAUUCGUAAUGCUGUCACGCUGAUAGAAGACCUCAAAAUCGAUGACAAGUUCACGCUCGAGCAGAACAUCAACAUACUCUGGAUUAGCGUGUUGACGAUGGAGAUGAUUGCGCGAUUGCGGGGUGUACUACAGCAACGUCUUGUUAUGAAAGUUAUUGCGGAAAAGAUGCACAAAGUGCAAAAGAUAUACCUUAUCUAG